AACUUCUAACAGAAAAAGAAGUGAAUAUUGUCUUGCCAACACACUCCAUUAUUCCAAGAACUUUUGUGCUUAAACCUGAAUGGUUCUAUUUUGGGGCACCUUAGGAUGCAUAGAUUUUCUGCAGGUAAGGGAAGUCUGUAUCAUUAAAAAGUUACUUAGUCGCCAGCUGGUGUGGCUCAGUGGUUGAGUGUCAACCUUUGAACCUGGCAGUCAUGGUUUGAUUCCCGGUCAGGGCACAUGCCUGGGUUGCGGGCUUGGUCCCCAGUGUGGGCAUGCAGGAGGCAGCCAAUCAAUGAUUCUCCCUCAUCAUUGAUGUUUCUAUCUCUUUUUCCCUCUCCCUCGCUGAAAUCAAUAAGAAAAUGUGACAGUUUUCAGAUUUAUUUCAAGGAAGCAGAUUUAUGAACAAGACUGACAAAAUGCUGAUCAUGACUAUGUGGGGCAUUGAUAUACUAUUCUCUCUCUUUUUUAAAAUGCUCAUUCUAAAAACUUGGUAAAAUUAAUGAGGGGUGGGGGGAAUAUGGUAGUUGGGCUUAAAACUAUAUCUUCAAUAGGAUGCUCAGGCCCCAUACAGCUUAGCAUUAAGAAAAGAUACUGCCUCAUCCUGUGGUAUUGUUUCACAGGGAAAUCAUUGGUCAAACCUGUAAGUAAGUACAGGCUUAAUAUGCAUUAAAUAAAGUCCACAUUUCUUUAUGUCCCAUGUUAUGUAUGCUUUUAUAUAUGGUUUUGCUUGGGUUUUCAUAGCAUCAUUCUGGGGAUUUUAGAGUAUUUAUAGAAGUGCUCCCCGAACAAGGAAAGUGAAACAUGGAUAUGUUCAACAACACAUUUUGCAACUUGCAGGCCAUUGCUUUAGUACAUUUCUUGGGUUUGGUGUUUGUUCAUAAUUUGUUGGAAAUUUAUCUUUACACACUUAAAACCCGUAUAUAUUUCUUUGAAGCUCACAGAAAGAUAAUUUUUUUAAACAGGGACAGUUGAAGCAGACAGUAUUCCCCUUUGUUUUUAAUAAAAUUACCAUUUCUUUAAACAAUUAUCAAUAAGCCUGUGAGAAGGAAUUGGUUUUACAUCAGUUGUUGAAAUGCACAGCUUCUGCCACAUUGUACCCUUAUUCUCAGGCAUUAAUAUAGUUUUUUUACCAGUACUUAUAAGGGAGCUGUGUUGUUGUUUUUUAAUUGUGCCUUUUGCUGUUUUUGCAAGUUUUUCAUUGUGUAAAAUAACUUCUUUCUUUCUUAAGGGAAGUCAGUCAGCUUGGUUUACAGCAGUGGCUUCCAACUUCCUUCCUGUGCACAUUACCUCCUUGGGGAGGGCAGACACUAUAUAUCAGAAGCACGCAGGUGAUUUAUUACUCAAGGUUGCAAUGGGUGGAAAAGAGCGAAUGGCAGAAUUUCCUCCUCUUGUUGCUGAAGACAUUACAUUAGAAGGAGGACUUGGGAAAUCUGAAGCAGUGGCUGACAUCAAGUUUUCCUCUGUAGGUUGGGUUGCAGUAACGCCUCAGUUUAAAGACAGACUACAUCUCCGAGGCUAUACACCUCAAGGAACAGUGCUGACGGUCCGGCCACCCCUCUUGCCACAUAUCGUUAACAUCAAAGGAGAGUGCAUCAAAGGAACUGUGGCCUAUAAAACCAAGAAGCUUCCUUCCCUUGUGUGCAAUCUGCAGAAGAAGAAAAACGGGUGAAAAUAUGGAGUUGGCCUUGCUCAUGCUGGUAUUAACUAUGGAACUAUAACCAAACUCCCCUGUGCCCACCCUUUUAACUACUCAGAACUGUGCCUAUUUGUAUUGAGUCUGUAACUAUAAGUUGUUUUUUGUAGGGUGUGUGUAUGCAUGUGUGACCCAAAUAUGCCUAAAAAGGAGUUCUGCUACA